UGCCGCCGCUCUGCACCUAUUCCUGGACCACCUAUUUCUGAAAGCAGAUCAACAACUUAUGCAGCACUGGAUGGUGAAAACCUCGCCCUCACCAUUGAAAAAACCAACUAUAGUAUUCGGAUAUGUCCUGACUCUGCCGACGGAUCCUAUCACUACCUGAGGCUGGGUUUCGAUGGGCAUUUGAGGACUUAUCGGUGGCAGAAAAACGGUGUUUUAGAAGAGGUUUAUGAUUUCGUAGUUCAAACUUGGGAUGACUGCCAGUACCCUCACGAUUGUGGCGAUUAUGGAGUUUGCAGAGGAGGCGGCAAUUGCCGUUGUCUGGAAGCGCUAGAUGGGUCGGACCACUUCAAGCGAAUCAAAGGACCAUUGCCAAACCAGGGAUGCUCUGAAAUCACUCCUUUGUCUUGCCAGAGUCCAUUAGAUCGUCAUCGUCUUGUGGAUUUUGGAAACCUUUCCUACUUCAACUUCAUCGAUUCACGUGCUGCCGAUCAGAAGUUGAAAGAUCUAGAUGCAUGCAAGCAGGCAUGUUUGAAAAACUGUGAUUGCAAAGCUGCUUUCUUCAAGUAUGGCAGCAACACUUCCGAUGGAGACUGCUAUUUGCUGUCCAAGAUCUUGUCGAUACGAGCAAACCCAAUACCAGGCGCCGACGAUUUCAAUUCAUCUGCAUUCUUCAAGAUUCAACUCUCUUACUCAGCACCACGUCUUCCGCCUCCUCGGUUGGAGAUUCCUCUACCUGUUAAGUCCAGAAGCAAGGUGCAUUUAGCUGCAAUAAUAUUAGGGUCUGUAGCAUUGCUAGUUGUUUUUAUUGUAUCUGCUAUCUGCGUUGUGAUUUCAAGGAAGAAGAAGAAGAGAGAGAGGGAUCAUGAAAGGGAAUAUUUCAAACCAGUACUGGAAAUGCCUCGGAGAUUCUCUUAUGAGGACCUGCGUACUGCAACGAAAGAUUUCAAGGAAAAGCUUGGAGAAGGAGGAUUUGGAUCCGUGUUUAAAGGAAUUCUGGAAGAUGGAACAAAAAUUGCAGUGAAACAAUUGGAAAACAUAGGACAAGGAAUGAAGGAGUUCUUGGCAGAGGUUGAAACAAUAGGCAACAUCCACCAUUUCAAUCUCGUGCGGUUGAUCGGCUUUUGUGCAGAGAGAUCUCACCAACUUCUAGUUUACGAGUACAUGAGCAAUGGGUCUUUGGAUAGCUGGAUAUUCGAUAGAAAUAAGAAUCAAGUUCUAGAUUGGCUGACCCGAAAGAAGAUUAUACUUGAUAUAGCAAAAGGAUUGGCUUAUCUUCAUGAAGAAUGCCGGCAACGAAUCGUUCAUUUGGAUAUCAAGCCUCAGAACAUUCUCUUGGAUGACAAUUUCAAUGCCAAAGUUUCAGAUUUUGGGUUGUCGAAGCUGAUGGAUAGAGACCAGAGCCAAGUACAGACGACAAUGAGAGGAACUCCAGGAUAUCUUGCUCCUGAAUGGAAACAGCUUAGAGUUACCUUGAAAGUAGACAUCUAUAGUUUUGGGAUUGUUGUUCUUGAAAUUGUUUGUGGAAGGAAGAACUUGGAUCGCUAUCGUUCAGAACAAAGCAAGCAUCUGCUUAGGUUGUUGCAGGAGAAGGGCGAGGAGAACCGUCUGAUUGACAUCAUUGAUGGGUCAAGUGUGGAUAUGCAAUUGCAUAGAGAAGAAGCCAUGAAGAUGAUUAGGCUCGCAGCGUGGUGCUUGCAGGAUGAUCAUACAAGAAGGCCUCUGAUGUCUGUGGUGGUGAAGGUAUUAGAGGGAGCAAUGGAAGUAGAGACAGAGAUCAGUUAUAGUUUUUGCAAUGCCAUGGCAAAUAAUCCUACUACUAGGGCUGAUUCCCCCAUCUCCUCUAAUCCACAGCAGGCGUCUGUGCUCUCAGCACCUAGAUGAUGGAAGUUUAUGGUUGCGCAAGGAGUGAAGAUUGGCAAGUCCAGGUAAAUGUUUGCUUCCCUUCUGUUUGUGUUUGUUGUAAACCGAAAGUUCAAGUAUUCGGUGUUUUAGUUAGUACUUUAUCUUUGGAAUUAUGUAUUGCAAUUGCUUUCAAGCUGCCUUUGGAUUUUGUUUGCAAACCAGACUUGUCAAUUUGGUUGAUGAAUUAUUACAUUGUUUCUGC